AUGUCGUCGCACCACAGCAGCUGGAACGUGUCGGCGUAUGCGACCACGAAGGAGACUUUGGUCGCUUGCAUUGGUCAGUCGAUACGACCUGUGUUCCGUCGAGAGGUGACGGUGCACGGAGCUCAUACAGAUGCGCGCUCUCACCUCACCUCCACUCUGCUCCAUCACGCCCGGCCUCUUUGCGCGGUGAUCGACCCUUGAUUGACGCGUUUGGGCGAGGCGGACCUAGAUCGAGCGUGUGAUCCGCUGUUACGGGAACCCAACCUAUCGCUCAACCUCGAGAUCGCGGAAUUGAUCAACCACAAGAAGGCCAACACGUGAGUCCGGGCUGUCGAUCGUCGAUCGUUCAGCUCGGCGCGCGAUCAACCCCCCUGCACGGAGGUGACGUGCACCGCGAGAAGAAGCGUACUGACGCAUUACGGCUCGUCUCUGAAUUCGCAGACCGAGGGAAGCCGCAGUCGAAUUGGUUCGGUUGGUCAACCAUCGGAAUGCGCAUGUCGCUAUGCUCGCACUUCAUGCAAGUCAUCCGUCCCGAGGCCAGGCGCGCGCCGCUCGAGGCCGCCGAACCCACCACCCCUCAGGCACCAGGCUGACCACCACCUGUUCCACCUCUCUUCUCCAACAGCUCCUCGACAUCCUCGUCAAAAACUGCGGCUACCCCUUCCACCUGCAAAUCAGCACCAAGGACUUCCUCAACGAGCUCGUACGGCGCUUCCCCGAACGACCCCCCGUGUUCGCCCCUCCCCCCAUGGCCAAGAUACUGCAGCUGGUGCACGAGUGGAAGAAUACGCUCUGUGUGCAUAGCAAACAUAAAGAGGAUUUGGUUCAUAUCAGGGACAUGCACAGGUUACUGAGUUAUAAGGGUCAGUCACUGGCAGACAGGGAGGUCGGGCUGGGGAUCGGAAGCUGAUGAGGGUACGGUCCCUUGCACAGGUUAUCGCUUUCCGGACUUCGAUAAACGGGCCCAUUCGGUGCUCAAUCCUUCAGAGGUGAGAUCCACGUGGAGCGGUGUAGACAGCGCAGAGAGGGUGCUGAUCUUGGCCUACCGUUUCGGGCAGACUCUGCAAACGCCCGACGAAUUGGAGGAAGAGGAUCGAGCAGCCCAAGCGGCCGUGAGUUGGGGUGAACGUCGACAGAACCUGACUCGGUAGGGAGAACUAAUGCACAACACGCAAAUUUUACACUCUAGAAACUGCAAGAGUUGAUUCGACGAGGUACACCCAAGGACUUGGCCGCCGCGCAGGAGUUGAUGAAGAUCAUGUCCGGAGCCGUGAGUGCUUCGUCAGAAUUUUAGAAACCACACGAAAAAGGGGGGAGUGCUCAUCCAUCAUCAUCCUUUCGAGCGAUUAGGAACCGGAGAAACGACCAGACUACGAGCAACAGGUGCAGAAGGAGCUCGACCGGAUACAGCAGCGCAUCCUCCUGCUCAACGAGAUGCUCAAUAACGCCAAGCCGAAGGAACGCUUCGUCGAGGGCGAUGCUUAUGAUGUGAGUUGUUGAGCAAGUUGGGAGAGACCUAUUGGCGCUAGAGUGCUGACACACGUGAAUUCGGUUCACAGCAAAUCGCCCAAAAGUGUAGACAUGUUCAACCCAAGAUUCAAAAGUGGAUCGAGGAGAGCGUAGAGAAUGAUCCGGGGGCAAUAGGUGUGUUGCCUUCGACCCAUGGCGAGGAUUGUGGCUUUGAAUGACUGAUACGGUUAUGUGUUUGUCUCAGACCGGCUCUUGAUGAUGAACGAUCUGAUCAAUAACAUCCUGAAACGAUACGAGUCCUUCAAGGCUGGAGACCGGACAGCGGUGGCGGAGAUAGAUCCUGCGUGAGUUGAACUCGACAAUCCACGCCAGUUGAUCAAACUACUGACACCCUGCUUGUGCGCGUGUUUCCUGCAGACUGGGACCGUCUGGCGGCAAGCAAAGCAAAAAGGUCGAAACAUCGUUGAUCGAUUUCGACUUUGACGAACCCCGAGCUGGCGCGUCGAAUGCUUCACCGGCCUCUUCGAACCCCAUGGACGAUCUAUCCGCAUUGUCCGGUCUCUCCUUGGGCGUCGGAGCCGAUUCCUCGUCCGCUUUCGCAAGUGGCCCUACCUCGGCUCAACCUUUCGGAUCUCAGCAGGGUGGACAACAACCCAAAGUCGACCCGAUGAGCUUUUUCAAUUCGCCUUCUUCGUCUUCGUCGAAUACCAACUCGCCGAGAACUUUGAUGCCCAAUUCAAACAACAAUGGGAUGGGCGGUGGAGGAGGACUUUUCUUCAGUAACCCGACAUACCAACAACAACAACAAAACGCUUCCUCAACUUCGAACGGUUCCGGUAAUAGUCAACCAGGUACAAGCAAUUCCCCCAUCUCCUGGGCCAGCCCCUCCACCUCCAACGCCAUCCCCAGGGCUUCAACACCCAGCCAACCAGGUGUGAUCCAACUGGGUUCCGGUUCUGGUAAUGGAGGAAAUGUGAGUGGUGGACGAAGUUCCUUGGCCGUCUCCACGGGCAAAGGAGGGUUUGGUGGACAGGCAAUGUAUGGGAAUAGUCCACCUUUACCUCAAUUGCCGAUGGAGGCGAAUCAGGAGGGUGGUCAUGGGGCAGGGAAGAAGAAAGAUGCGUUUGAGGAUCUGUUGGGGGAUUUUUGA